AUGGGGGGUGAUCACAUAAUCCAUUCCUGGGUUAAGGAGCUUCAUCUCAGUAACUCGGUGUUUCAGGCAGAACUUACAGCCCUAAAGGCAGCUCUAGAUUUUAUUGUUAACAGUGGCAGGUAUAAAGUAAUUUACACAGACUCAAUGCCAAGCUUGCAGGCCAUCCAGGGUGGACGCAGUAGACAUCCCAUUGUCAGAGACAUACCAAAACUAUUAAUUUCGAUUCCUGCAAAUCUGAGGCCCCAGCUACAGUGGGUUCCAGCCCAUACGGGGAUUAAAGGAAAUGAAGCAGCGGAUAUGAUUGCGAAAGGCGCAGCCAAUGAACCCCGCGUGUGA